CUGCUUAUGCUACUUGUACGUCACUUCCUGUAACGCUUUCUGUGCGAGUUUUGUUCAAAGAUGGCGUCCGUGCAGCUAACGGACGAGGAGCUUUUCACCGAGUUAAAACGCCUCGGCUUUACCCCGGGCCCGGUUACGGAGAAUACCCGGCCCGUGUACUUAAAAAAGCUCAAAAAGCUACGCGAGGAGCAACAACAGCGGUCCAGGGGCCUGAAAGGGAGAAACGGCAGCAGCGUCAACAACAGCAGCAGCAGCACUGGCGGCGGUAAUAACGGCCACACAGCGACGGGAGCCUCGGCGUUCCGGGCUCGGCCGACGGCCAGUGACGUCACACACGUGAACUCGACUCGAAGCCCAGGCGCUCGGCCGCUUUUGAACGAAAAGCGAGCACACAGGAGCGGAAAGUUCGUCUUGGGAUUUAGCUCAGACGAGUCAGACGCGGAGGCGCCGCAGAAGAAGGGAGGCCUGAACCACAGCCUCAGCAGGAGAGACCGAGGCUCGGCGCUACACUCGGUAAGGCCUACACAGGAGACACCUACCGCCGCCGCACGCAGAAGUACCGGUCUCGGUUUAAACAGUAGCAGCAAAUCCCACCUCGGGUUUCCGGAGAGCAGGAGAAGCGCCCUCGGGUCUCAAUGGUGGACAGACCGGGGGAAAUCAAGCUUCGAGGACUCGCACUGCGAUGUGGCAGUGGAUAAGGAUGACGGCGAGCCGGAGGAAACGGACAAUCUCGAAGAGGAGACCGAGAGGACCGGGAGGACUCUGAACGGUAGUAAAGGGGCUUACAGCAACAAGAUCUCUGGGGAUUAUUCUGAUUCAGACGAAGAGGAAGACGAGGGGGAGGAACGGGAACGCCGACGCGAGCGCCGUCUGCUCUCCAGACGAAGUGUGUCGAAGUUCACGUCCACUCCGUACAGAAGCGUCUGGGAGUCGGGGCGCGUCCGGGAAAAGGUGGCAGACACCAUGUCCGGCUCGACUAGUCUAGACAUGGCGAAUGAGUGGGGGAAGGACGACUUAGAAACGAGCGAGUUGACCGGGAGCUAUCUGAAAAACUCUCGGUUCACGAGUGUAAACGGCGAGGAGAGCAGCAGCAAAAACGGCGGGGAGGCCGCGGCGAGCAGCGGGAGCUUCAGCUCCGGACUCAGACCUCGGUUUUCGUCCUAUAACAGCCUGGCCUCGACGUACGCCUUCAACCACUCGAACCACACAGGCUCCAACCAUAACUACAGCCACAAACGGAAGGCCACGGGUCCAGAGGAUGAGCUGCUCGAGCAGUUUAAACGGGACGAGGUGUCGGCCACCGGCGGCUUCAGCGCACACUACCUGUCCAUGUUCCUCCUGACCGCCGCCUGCCUCUUCUUCGUGCUGCUCGGCCUCAUGUACCUGCGCAUGCGGGGCUCUGGCGCCUCAGACACAGUUAUGGGCAGAAGCCACCCAUUUGGUGCAGAUUUUGAUCAAUCAUAUAGCCAUACAGAGAAAGACACCAUUCUCAGUCUUCUGCUCCAUCUGCAUGACUAUCUGGCCAAUACUGCAGGUGAACAUGACUGCAAAGAUCUCAAUGAGCCAUUAAACAGAAGUGUCUCCUUGUCUGAAGCCACCAAGUAUCUGAAGAUGCAAAAUAAAAGCUAUGAAGGUUGGAUAGUCACAGCCAUGGAGUGGAUCAUUAGAACUGGAGAUAUUUGUGGUAUAAGGUUGAUUGCAGAUAACCCUAUGCAACUAGUGGAGGACGUGUCUGACAUCACUCGUCUGGAGUCCACUCACCCUCGCAUGUCCUUCAUUUGCCGCUUUCGACGAGCCUUCUUCACUGUGAUCUACAGAGUGCUCCUCAUCCUUGCUGGAAUUGCCAUUGUUUAUGCCGUACUGCGUUACAUGAAGUACCGAUGGAGGAGGGAGGAGGAGGAGACCAGGCAGAUGUAUGACAUGGUGGAGAGAAUCAUAGAUGUCCUGAGGAGCCAUAACGAGGCGUGCCAGGAGAAUAAGGACCUGCAGCCUUAUCUGCCCAUUCCUCAUGUGCGAGACUCUCUCGUUCAGCCUCAGGACAGGAAGAAGAUGAAGAAAGUGUGGGCCAGAGCUGAGACUUUCCUCUCUCGAAACGAGUCUCGCAUCCGGACAGAAACACAGAGGAUUGGAGGAGCUGAUUUCCUGGUGUGGCGGUGGCUCCAGCCUCCCUUAUCUUGUGACAAGACGUGCAAUAUGCCUUCCAAAGUAUGGCAGGGAAAAGCAUUUCCUCUGGAUCGAAGGAAUUCGCCACCAAACAGCUUAACACCGUGUCUGAAAAUUCGCAACAUGUUUGACCCUGUAAUGGAGGUGGGGGAAAACUGGCAUCUUGCCAUUCAAGAAGCCAUUUUGGAGAAAUGCAGUGAUAAUGAUGGGAUCGUCCACAUUGCUGUUGAUAAGAAUUCACGAGAGGGCUGUGUUUAUGUGAAGUGCCUUUCAGCAGAGCACUCUGGGAAGGCUUUCAAGGCAUUGCAUGGCUCUUGGUUUGAUGGAAAGCUGGUGACUGUUAAGUAUCUGCGUCUUGACCGCUACCACCAGCGUUUCCCACAGGCCUUGGGCUGUAACACACCCCUGAAACCGUCCAGCUCCAGCAUGAACACCAUGGCCCGGCUACACCAGCGCUCCAGCACAUCCAGUUUCCUCAGUUUCUCCUGAGCUCUAACCAUGAAAUCUUGUGUUCUGUCUCUCUCUCUCACUCUCUCUCUCUCUCUCUCUCUCUCUCUCUCUCUCUCUCUCUCUCUCUGACAGUCUCCCCCUCUCCUGGGUCCUUCCUUGCAGUUGGAGCCAUGUUCAGGAGCUUUUUUCAUCAUGGUGGUCUUUUGUAAGCAGGUCUGAACUGACUGUUUGCUGCAACCCUGUCAGCUUGUUUGUCUUGGAGUUGGAGCUAAAGAUUUGUGCGCAGAGAACAUGUUGGGAGAUGCCGGAGCUUUGCUUAGGACAGCUAGUCAUGCAUAUCCCUCCUCUCAAACGUUGGUGCAAUGGACACAAUUAUCUAUAUUAUACUUUUUUUUUUCUUUUCUUUUUGUUGUUUUUGUUUUUUAAACAGACUGGCUUUAUGGAUUAAACAAGGAAACAUGGCUUCCAAUUUAUUCUAAUAUUCAGAUUUGAGGAUAUGAGAGAGAACUGAAGCUGCUGUCUGUGGUUCUACUCUUGUCUCUUUUUGUUUCUCCAGUUUACUCCUCUCCUUGGUCAAAAGGAGUUCUGUUGGGCUAUACAUAGCUGCAUGUGCUGGUUCCAAUAUCCCUAUAUUUAUGCUUUAAAUUGUAUCAUAUAACGUGGAUGUUUAUUUCCCUGAAGACUUUUUAACUUUAUGUAUUUCCUUUCUUUGUAGUUUUUAGUCCAAAACAAUGGCAUGCACACACUCUAAAAGGGGUGCUGUAAAUAUUUGUUGAAUGGUGGUGGUUGAAAUUGUCUGUAUAAAACUGCAGAUUGUCAUAAGCUCUAAUUCAUUUCUUACCAACAGAUGAGUGAAAGGACGUGUCCGAGGGGAUGCCGUGACCACUCGAUCAUGCUAUACAAGCCGCUUGGUUUUGAAAAGUGUGUAGAGUUGGCUUAUUCUAUAAUUUAAUGCGUGAUACCCCCACUUCAUCCAUUUCUCACCUCAGUCUUGCCAUUUUGAUUGUAUUCCAUCGUACUCUAGUGUAUUAUUAUUAUUAUUAUUAUUAUUAUUACUAUUAUUAUUAUUUUCCUUAUAUUUUGAAAGUUAUGCAUUUUCAUUGUGAUUGGUGCAGUUUGAUUGUUUUGACAUUUUUUCCCCCCUCACCCACAGACAUCCUCUGGCCACCAGAGUGAUUUAGUGUGCAGCUAAAGUAUUCCACAUGAUCAGGAUCAGCAAAUCUGGUCAGGUGUUGAAGUUUGUUGCCAUUUCCACCCUUCUUUGUGCAUUUUGUUUCAUAGUCCUUUGAAAGGGGGACAGAUAAGCCAUGCUGAUCUUCACAAAGCGUGUCAUGUUUUGUUUAUAUACGGUGGGGGUUCAUUUGAGAUUAAUAAAGUGUAAGUUUGUAAGAAAUAUUGUCCCCAAUUAAUUAUCAAGAGUCAGAGUAACUCCUACAGCACAUACAAAAGGUAUAGUAAUUUGACUGUAUCAAAAUUGCAGAGGGUGGGUCAUUUGACCAAGUAGUUACAUGAUGGGUUUGGUAACUCUGUCCCAAAGUUCUCCAUUAUUUAAAACUAAAUUAUUUUGGUUAUUAUUGCUAUAAGAAAUGCAGUGCAGAUGGAGUGGAGUAUUUGCAGUGAGAUGUACAAGCAAUGCACAGAAACAUAGUGCACUGUUCUCUGCAGCAAAUAACCAAAUCGUGCCUUAAUUUUGUGCUGUUUUAGGGACUGGCGCUGCACUUGUUGGGAAUCUAUUUACAUUUUUUAAAUUUUCCAAAUUUAAAUAUAACCAUUUGAAAAGCAGAGGUAGUCAAUUCCUUAUUAAAACUCCUGAGUAUAGUGUGCAUUUAGAAAAGUGCCCAUGAGAUGUCUAGUCAAAUGUACACUCAUGGGUGCAGUUAAUAUUAACUGUUCAUCAGUUUGGUCAUCAAGGCUACACACUAUAAUGUCCCCCAGUGCAUGCACAGGGUUUUUUUUUUUUUUCCUUUUCUUUUUUGAGUGUAGGGUUUGACAUUUUAAUUUAAACAAUUGUAUGAUCUUUUCAGAGCUGAUGUGUAAGAAAUAAACAUGCUAAAAAUGCAGACACAAGUUGUUACUGUACUUGCACUCAGUGUAAUUUGCUUUGUGUCCAUAGCCCAGUGUUGCCUGUUUACCUGUUACCCUUUUCUCCCCCCAACACCCCCCAUGCAAGCUGUAAAUUGAGUAAAUGUAACUUGAUUUGGUGUGGCACGACUUGAAACGGUGCCCGACUUGCAUCUCCAUUAUUGAUGUUUUUUUUUUCCUUUCUCCCCCCUCUAUGAUGUACAUUUUUAUCUGUACAAAGUAAUAUUAUGCAGCAGCAGUCUCAGCACAGUGUAUGGUUUUGACCAAGAUCCCUGACCUGCAAGCCAGAGGGGAAAGUGAACAAUAAUCCAGGCUUUUUAAAGCUUCAGAUUGUUUUAAUGUAAUUUUGUCACUUGUUAAACCUGCUCUAAUUAAAGGUUUAUUAGGGGUUUUUAAUUUGAA